AUGGAUCGACGGGCUCCGACAUCGAUGGAUGUUCGUAUAAUUCUCCCGGAGGAUACAUCUUCAGCCAAAUCAAGUCCUGAGCCCCCGGUACGGCAUUGCGGCGAUGAGAUUCAGGGUCACUUAGAAGUAGUGUGCAACAGCAGCUUCGAGUUUUCAAUCGACAUUUCCUUUGAAGGUCUCAUCCGGACUUGGAUUGCGCCUGGAAAUGAGAACGAUUCGUUCAAACCUCCCCCGACAGCAGAGUUUCAGGUAGGGAGAAUCCGUAUCACACUGUUAGCUCACCAUAAGCUCAUAUUUGGAUUUAUACAAAAGUUUUUGCAUGAGACGCAGAAAGUAUUUUCAGAUCCCUCAACUAGAUGCUACAAUAGCCAUCUUUGGAUUCAUCGCGUGCCAUUUCGUUUCAUUGUCCCCGACGAGCUCAUCUCCCCUCACUCGGAUAUUCACCCGGAUUUCCUCAAAUUAAGCCCAUCUGCCAAACAAGGGCUGGUGCUUUUGGGGUUUGCACAACCGAGCAUAAUUUAUUUGCUCAGGAUCAAACGCAUCAGAACCGGUGCACCUGUGGAAAUCCUUUUGGGACCCAAUCAACAGCGUGAGCUUAUAGUCAUGCCCUAUACGCCUGCAGCACCACCUCUUGUCAUAGAGGAUUUCCCACGAGAAUACAGACCUUGCACAGCAAAACCUCUGAAGCAAUACAGAUGGGGACGGCCGCUUGGAAUCCUAGAAAUCUCAUCGGCAGAACCUUCACCGUUAAAUAUCCUGACUUUAACUCCAAGGACAUCCACAUUCGCAGUCUUAAGCGUUGUUUUCACUUCAAAUUCUUCCUGUAAUUUAAAUGCGCGGCCUAGUGAAUGGAAUUUUGUUGUGAAGCAGCACUUGCGAAGCAGGACCUUUUAUUCGACUCGGAGACUAGACCGAAUGCCAACGCUGGCCGUUGCAAAGGCAGACCCAUAUAUGAGAAUCCGUGACGAGAAAAAGGUCUCCGAAGUUCGGGAGUAUAGGGAAAUCUCUUGGAGAAAAGAACGCCAACCUCAAUUAUUAGAGCCAACUGUAUCUUCGGAUAUAGAACCUUGCAUCUGGACAACCACACUCGAAGUUCCUAUCCAUGCUGGGAAGACUUUGCUGCCUACUUUCUCCAACCCACUAUCAGCCCACCAAUACACCUUAGCGCUUCAGUUGAGCAUUAAAGGAUUGUACCACGGUGUCAUGGAGCUGGUACUACCAGUGCAAGUCUUUCACUACCCACCCGACGACACAAGGCUCAGAGCAUAUGCCGAGGAAAGGAACGAAAACUUAGAUGAGAUUAAUCCGGCAGUCUCUCGUUUUCAACAUGGCGCUACAGCAAUAUAUAGCUCACUGCGAGGGUAUGAUACCUCGCCGCCACCAUAUGAUGAUUUAUGA